CGUACUGCGUUGAUAGCUAUUUGGGUUUCCUUGGUUCUAUACGUGAUUCUUUGUAGCGUCCUCUUAACCAAAUUGCGUAAUAUGAAAGCAAACAUUCAUUGAUUCCUUUCCUUUGAUGCGAAGUGGUUGAAAAGGCAGCCUUGUCAUGGCAUCGGGUUAUGGUCUAAAAGGAGAAGUUGGACGCUGUUUUCCUUUCUUCAUUGACCUUUGUGAGUGCAUGUUGAAAGCAGACAGCCCCGAACAGUGCGACGAUUACAGGGACGACUACAAGGAAUGUCUUUGGCAUAAAAAACAGUUGGCACGAAAAUAUUUAAUAGACAAAGAAAUCAGGAGAAGAAAACAACUUGGUCUUCCAAUACCUUCAGGUGAUGAGGACGAGAACGAGUAGUAGGAGAAACUUUUUUUAAAACUUUAUUUGGUCCAAGUAGUAAAUAAGCUUCUUUCAAUAAAACUCGAGUAUUUCAAAAGAACAAAGUUUUUACGAAUAAUCUCAUUUGUUUCUUGGGAAUAAUAUUUCUGGCG